UUUAAAGUAUAACGUCGUAGAAUAUCGUGUAAAAGCUAACAUGUUCAAAAUGGGAAAAGUUUUUGUAACUAUUUUGUGUUUGGUUUUAAUAGGAACUCAGAACAUUUCCUGUUUGUACGAGGGCGAGUUGAACAUAUUUUCCAUCCCACCAAACGACAAACUAGAAGUCCUGAAACAAAAUUCCGGCAUCGCGCCCAGCAGCCACGAGCACUACGAGGUCAUCAACAUUGGAAGGACGGAAGUCCUGGCCAAAAUAAAAUACGGAACGACGAUAAACUGGCUGGGGGACGUGGAGUCCUCCACGGUCCUCCCCGGCGAAACCAAGGUUCUAAACAACGGCGGCAAACCGUACUACGUCACAGCUUUGAAGAUCUACAACAGGUCGAAUAAUAGAGCCAUUAUAGUCGCGCACACUGUACCGAACGACGUGGUGCACCAAAAGCAAAAAACCGAGGUCCCUGUUGAUGAGUUGAGCGAGUUUGUCGGGGGCCCCAUCGUGAGGAGUAGCGAGGUUUACAUCCCCAAGCAGGGGGAUAGGUUUGGGGAUGUAUCGCAGCAUUUUUGGCCUGAUAACGAAAACAGCACUUUUGAGUGCGUUAGAGAAAAGCUGGAGAAACUUUUGGACAGCAAAAUAUUGCAAACUGUCAACGGGAUUUUGGAGGGGGAUGUUAAACAAAUACAAGAAAAAAUUAGACAUGUUGAGAGCGAGAUUAACUUCAAAACCAGCAAGGCUGCCUAUCACUACAUGAACUUGGCUAAGGAUUUGGUGGGUUUGGAGAAUAAAUUCGUAUUUGACACUGCUCUAGCAGACAACAGAAGGAUAAAUCUGCACUUGCUACCUUUUUACACCCUGACAGUUUCACUGAAAAUGGCCUUCUACACCUUUGGUAUGACCAACGGUAAAAAAAUCGGCCUAAACCCCAACGAGUUAAGUUUGUACGGGGAACGGUUAUUAAAAGACCACGUCAAUAACUACAUCAAAAAUAUGUACAUAGAACGUGUGAAUAAUGCCUAUGAAAUAAUGGAUCCCAGGAUGAUUUUCAACGGUAUUAUGAACGUAAGAACUUUUAUAGCCCUAAACGGAUUGGAGUUUUUGUCCAUUUGGAACCAAAUGGUUGAAAAACCCCACCUAACGAAACCUCCUUACAUAGAAACAAUCUCGUAUUCGCAACUGUAUGGAAGAGAAACCGGACUCAUAACAAGGGAAGCCAUAAGUCCAGAAAUGACGCAACCUUUGACUCCAAACCUGAUCAACCAAAGGCGCAACCGACUGAGGGGCGUCGAGGUGCACAUAUGGCGCAUCAACGAAGGCACCAAGGAAGCAGGUCCUCCAAAAGUGGGCGGACUAAGACUGGUAUACGAAAACAACGACGAAUAUCAGUUGGGGAGGUCCAGCAACGAAACCGAAAAAAUCGAGUUCAACAACGGCAAGUUAAUUAAGUUGACGGCUUGGGGUAACGGCGCCAUAGACGGGCUGACUUUCCAUUUCGAUAUGGGCAAAGAGGUUUUUGUCGGUACUAUGGAGGAACACGGCGAACAUAGCGCUUUCCAAAUGGAGGGUCACCAUAUUGUUUCCAUGAUGUUGGCCAAUGAUUUGCCCAGCACUGGGGGGCAGGCAGUCAAUAUUGCCGUAGCUUACCAGCCUAUCAACUAGAUAUAUUUAUGUGUUUCAUGAUAUUAUUCUUUUUAAUAAAGUGUUUUUUAUUCAAAUA